AUGGUUGGUUUUGCUAAAUCUGGUUAUAGAUUAUGGGAUCCUAAACCAGAACAAUUUUUGUAAGUCGUGAUGUAAUUUUUGAUGAAAACAAAAUUCAAGAUAAUCAAAAUAUCAGUAAAAUAUCUGAAGUAAAUAUAAGAGAAGAUGAACCUGAAGAAGAAGAAAACUACAAAGAAGAUGAAUCUAAAGAAGAAGAAAAUGACAGAGAAGAUCAGAGAAGAUAUCACCAUGAAGAUAGGAAGAUAACAAAACUACACGACCUAAAAAAAAAGUAACACAACCAGAAAAAUUUAAAGAUUAUGAUAUGACAAUGUUAGCUUAAUCAGCAGAAAAUUAUGUACAAAAUUUACCCAAAUAUGUUGAUGAAGUUCAAGUUCCCCAGAUAAAAAUUGUUGGAAGAAAGCAAUGCAAGAAGAAAUGGACGCUUUAAUAGAGAAUAAUACAUGGUCACAGGUUCCAAAACCCCAAAAUAAACGGAUCAUAAAUAAUAAAUGGAUAUUCAAGUUAAAGUUGGAUGAAGAAGGAAAUCCAGUAAGGUACAAAGCUAGAUUAGUAGCUAAAGGAUAUACAUAA